AUCUGUGAGACAGACAGUGAGAGCAAAUAAAUCAGAACCUGAGGUGUAUAAGAGGGCUCCACUGAACACAGCUCAUCAUAUACCAGCAACCUAGACCUCCAACAUCACCAGCUGAUACAUACAGCAACACAGGUGCUCAAACAACAGAAGUAUGAAUUUGGAAGUGGCCAAACCUGAGGCGAAGACUGGCAACAAAGUUCCCCCCAGAACUACGGCCCCUGGAUCCCCACGCAAGGGCCCACCCAAGUUCAAACAGAGGAACACCCGCCAGUUCAAGAGCAAGCCUCCCAAGAGAGGUGUCAUUGGCUUUGGAGAGGACAUCCCUGGAAUGGAAGGGCUUGGCAUUGACAUCACUGUAAUCUGCCCUUGGGAAGCAUACAGCCAUCUAGAGCUGCAUGAACUGGCUCAGUAUGGCAUCAUCUGAGGCUCUGCAUUAUGAAAUGAUUUUUGUUUGUACCAAAGGGAACUGAUGUAGCAAGUUCAGCAACUUGAAUUUCAACAUUCAACUCUAGCAAUCUCAAUUUAUAAAUAACUGUUUGUUUGAAUUGUGAACCACAAAGUAAAGAACUAGCAUAUCAAGUAUACAUCUGCAUAUUGUGGAUGCUGCUGAAGCUCUUUUAUACAAUAUAUCUAUUUUCAUAAGACUCUCAAGCUGCCAUUUUAAUGUCCAUCACCCACUGAUGCUGAAUGUGUCAUUGUGUUAUUGCCUGAGUUUGGAGAGGAGAGCUGUAACUGAAAGCUCAGGUUACUGGCUUAAUUGAGGGAGUGUCUGCACAAUGAUUGUCAGCAUCAUGUUUAUUAUGUUUAAUCAA